CCCAUGAUGAGCGGUAGCGGCGCUUAUUGAGUGCCGCAUCCUAACAUACAAUGAUACUGACUACUCGACCGGGCCCUCCGAAUGAGCUGGGCUCUGUUCUUAUAUUCUCUUCGAACUAUUCAGGUUUAGUGUACGAGGAAUUGAGACUCGCUUGUAUCACGAAUCACUUGUGAGUUGAGAAACAGAAGAUGAUUUGGAUGAAAAGUGCAAAUCAAGCUUCGUAUGCCAUCGACUAUCUUCCCUAUUUCCAGGUGCACCUAGGUCAUACGAUGAGCUAUUUCGCAAGUAUAUAAUAUGCCACAACGGGCAGCGAGUUCGACUCAAUACCGAUCUCGACAUUCUAUAUCCAUAUCAUAUUCCAUUAACUUCCAUCAAGAUGCAAUUUAAACAGCUUAUCCCAGUCUCGCUUCUCAUCUUCGAGAGGUCGGAAGCUUGCCUCCACGACCAUAUUCCUGCGCCUCGGUUACGAGAUGUGCAGGAGGCUCUCCGCAAGCGUGAUGUACCAGCUUCUGUUAAAACAGCCAUUCAGAAUGUGCGAGUAUUUGAUGGCUAUAAUAUAGGGAAUCCCCAGACAGUCAUAAUCGAUGGCGAGUACAUCACUGACUCGGACGAUAACAUCGCAAAAACCAUUGACGCCGGCAAUCGUAUCCUAAUCCCCGGCUUGAUCGACGCACACGCCCAUGUGCAGUCAGUCGAAGGACUAGAAAAUAUGACUUCAUACGGCGUCACGACUAUCUUUAACAUGGCAUGCCCUACUUACGAACUUUGCGAUACACUUAAAUCAAACCCUGGCCUGGCUACCUUAUUCGCUUCCAUGCUACCAGCCCUCGCCCCGUCUGGGGGAAAUGCGAAGCUGAAUCCGGUGCCGGCCUCGCUGCGUCUUUCCCCUGGAGAGGACCCGAAGUUCCUCGUUGAUUAUUCCUUCGGCAAUGGCUCUGACUAUUUUAAGAUCGUGGGAGCAGCUGACGGCCCAACUCAAGAUCAACAGAAUACGAUAGUCGAGUAUACGCACUCCCUCGGCCAUUUCGUUGUCCAGCAUGCGCCGAGCGUGGCUACGUACACGCGCGCUGUGUCAGCUCGAACAGACGUCUUGCAACACAUCCCCGAUGACGGUUUACUGCCACCCAAUAUAUUCCAGUCGAUCAAAGACCACGAUCUAGCCGCCACCCCAACUGUGGAGAUUUUUCGGCGUGGGUACACGAUACAACCAGAGAUCGGCCAAUUUCUUCGAGGGAAUUUAUCUGCCAACGAUUCGUAUGCGCAUGUAGUUACCAACGUGAAGCAGCUGCACGCCGCCGGGAUAACUAUGCUCACCGGUACUGAUUCGGUCGGUAGCCUGGUACCUAUCGUUUACUUCCCAUUUGGUGUGUCGCUGCAUCAGGAGAUGGCCAACUUUGUAGAUUUUGGCAUGACGCCGCUCGAGGCUUUGCGUGCCGCGACGAUUGUGCCUGCUACAGUGCAUAGGUUGAAGGACAGGGGUGCGAUUAAAUCUGGGCUACGCGCCGAUUUGAUUCUGUUGAAUAGUAAUCCAUUGGAAAAUAUCACGAACACCAGAGAUAUUGCUCGGGUUUGGGCUGGAGGUGUGGAGUAUCCAAAUGUUGCACCGAAGAAUGCCACAGGUUAAUAGCCUGGAUCGGGUUCGAAUUUGGAAACGAAGGGUGGGGGUUCUAUAAAGUUCAACUCCUCGCCCCUAGAUCGACCUGUAUUUCGUUCAAUAUUAGCAUUAGUUGGAUAUUUAUAGGUGCUAGGUACCUACCACUAGCGUGGAACUGCUGUAAUCUUCCCGGGCUAGCACUGGUGCUAUAGAGCUUGCACCUGGAAACCUCCAGGGCUUAUAAAAGACCACGGA